AUAUAUUAUUAGUACUAAUAAGCAGCCUUAAUAAUAAAAAGACAACUUUUGUUCUAUUAAAAAAAAAUCAUUUAAACUGCCACCUUUUUCUUUUUUCUUUCCCUUUAUAAUAAUCAUCACGAAGACAGGACUCUCCUCUCCAUGAUACAGAGAUUCUGUAAAAUUUGAGAGUGGGGGCAAGAAGAAGAAGAAGAAGAUAAAGGUGAGUUCUUUUGGAGAUUUAAUCAAAAGGGGUUCAAUGGAAAGUAAUAGUAGAAGCAAGUUCAAGAAAAUUUGUGUUUUCUGUGGAAGCAACCCUGGCCACAGGAAAGUCUUCAGUGAUGCUGCUAUUGAUUUGGGGAAUGAAUUGGUAAGUAGGAAAAUUGACUUGGUCUAUGGUGGUGGAAGUGUUGGAUUGAUGGGAUUGAUUUCCCAGAGAGUCCAGGAGGGAGGUUGCCAUGUCCUUGGGGUCAUCCCGAAAGCUCUUGUGCCUAUUGAGAUAUCAGGUGAAAGUGUUGGUGACGUAAAAAUUGUUUCGGACAUGCAUGAGCGGAAAGCUGAAAUGGCUAUUCAGGCUGAUGCCUUUAUUGCACUUCCAGGUGGAUAUGGAACCAUGGAGGAGACUCUGGAAAUGAUAACAUGGGCACAACUUGGAAUUCACAAAAAACCGGUUGGUUUGCUAAAUGUUGAGGGUUAUUAUAAUUCUUUGCUUGCACUAUUUGACAAUGGUGUUGAAGAAGGUUUCAUUAAGCCAGGGGCUCGUGACAUUGUUCUUGCUGCUCCUUCAGCCAGAGAGCUUUUAAGCAAGAUGGAGCAAUAUACUCCUUCACAUGACCAUGUUGCUCCCCAUGAAAGCUGGCACAUGGAGGAGUUGGCUUAUCCAAAGGAGCAGUCUCCAUGACAAAACACAUUCUCUAAUUAGGCCAACUUCCACAAUAGAAGUCUGAUAUGAUUCAUCAUCAUUAUCUCUUGGAUGAGAAUUAUUCAGGUGGAGCCACAUAUAAUGCAUCAUUGUGUACUCUUGUCAUUCUUGCGGUUACAUUUAGUACAAUCAUUGUUGGUGUUUUGCAUAAGCUAACAUUGAUAUAUAAAUUGGUCAAUGGACGCA